AUGGCUACUGUUAUCGGCGACUGGAUAUCGACUGGUCCAACUUGGACUUUGCAAAGCAGCAAGCACGCCUCCACAGAACUGCACGCGGGACAUGCCGCAUCUCGCCUCGAAUUGCAGACGACGAUGGCAAACAUUGACGAGACGUUCAUCUCCACCGAGGGAGACAUCGUCACCCGUUUGAGCUCCAUCAAGAAGAUCGCCACGCAUCCAGCUGGGGACACCUCUGCGGGCCAGACUCAGGAGACUAUUUACAGUACCGUUUCCUACUCAGUUGAGGAGAACAGUCCUCGUCAGUCUCCUUCUGGCAUCAAUCCGGAGGCACCUGCUUUCACGCCCGCCUCUCACUCGGUGCCAACUGCGCAGAAGGCCGAGAUCGUUAAGGGAAUUCGCACGCCGAAGGAGUUCCUCGAUAGUCUGAAGAUGAUGGAAAUCAACAAGAAGAUUAAUGCCGCGGGAGAGAAGCGCCGCGUGGUGCUCAAGAACCUUCCCGAAAAUGCGAAACUGACUGAUGUCUUUUGCCUCGUGUUCGGAGGCCAGAUCGACCGCGUCACCAUGAAUGGUCGUGAGGCUAACGUCGACUUCCUCACUGCCGCGUCUGCCCAGAACUACUACGACAAGGUUUCCCGCGGCAUUCGUGUGGAUGGACAUUUAAUCACCGUUGAGCAGGGUGUUUCCCCCAAGCUGACGUCUCACAUUCUGAGCUGCGUCGACUCGGGCACUACUCGUGUCGUUCAUGCCAUUGUGCCUCCCCAUAUGACUGUGACGGAACUCUAUGACAGCGCCAAGGAGCUCAAUCUUGAGCGCCUCGAGUAUCGUCUCGAGCCCACUGCGGCCAAGGAAGCUCGCGCUUGGUUCUUCUUCUGCGGAAUCACCGACGGUUACGACAUGAUGCGGAAGCUGAUCAUUGAGCCCGAGGUGGAACACUUGCCCUUGCUCGCCCAACUUCAUGCCGGACCCGUAAGGUGCACGGCCGACUGGUUCCACGGCGACGGUAUGGUAUCGUCUCCCAUGGCGAAAGCCACUGUUGUUGAAGCUCAGGCGGAGGCUGACUCUGAUAUGGCGGCUGGAGGUGCAGCUGGGAAUGCAGCUGAGCCGGAGGCCGACGCCGAUGCCGCCGACAACGGGUUCGAGAUUUAUGUUUGA